UUUCGCAGGUUCAUGGAGCAUGGUUACCACCUUGGUUAGCGACACACUAUGCUCGUUACAUGGAGGUUGUCUCAGGUCACUGGAAUUAUCAUGGAAAACCUGUUGUGCAGAAUGUUUUGCAUAAGGCAUCAGAAAAAUCAGCACAUGCAAAGAAAUGGGCUGAACCACAUAUUGAGACUGCUAAGAUGAAAUGGAUUCCUGUUAAGGAGAAAUUGGUUGUCCUCAAGAAAAAUGCAGAACCUUAUGUACAGAAGGUAUCGACAAGAUCAGUGGAGUUUUAUGAGUCAUCAAGGGAUGCUGUGACACCUCACGUUGUCAAAGUUAAAGAGUUUGCUCAUCCCUACUACCAGGAAGCCAAGAAGUUUUCUAAGCCUUACAUUGAUCAAAUUGCUGAGAUCACUAAGCCACAUGUUGAGAAAGUUAGAACUACUCUGAAGCCAUACACUAAGAGAGCAGUUCAUGCGUAUGGGUCAUUUCUUGCGUCUGCAACCACAUACCAUCGACAAGCUCAGGCGACCAUCAUGGACUACCUCCAUCAGCAUGGGGUACCCAAGUCACUUGCAACGAAGGAGUUAGUUUGGUUCCUGGCUUCUGCCUUGCUAGCUCUGCCUGUCUUCGUCAUAUACAGGCUUGUAGUAGAGACCUUCUGCACCAAAAAGAAUAGAAGGCCUCGUGGCGGUAAUGGUAACGGUAACCAUGGCCAGAAGAGACACAAGCGGCGAUACGCCGACAAGUAGACCAAUCUACCCAACACUUUAGGGUUCAGCAUGCGGUGUUUGCAUUGUCGCGCAUCUUUGAGCAAUGAGCAAGAUUGGGUUGCUCCUCCCUCCCGGAGGCACUGCUGAACCAUACAUGGAGGAAGGAGACUCGGGUCAUGGGCACCCUUUACCGUGAGAAGCGUUGUAGCCUACACCACCAACAUUUCUCUUUCUUUUACUUCUUCUUCCCAGGUGUACUAUGAACUUCGGUGCAGGUGCAACGGACCUUUUAUAUUAUCUGCACUUUGCUGGGGUUCAGGGGGUUAGGACUUUGUUUUAUUGGUCGUUGUUUAUUGUAACUUGUGAAUUCGUUUGAGUUCGUCUGUUUGUUUUUUUGUUGGCGACCUACAUUCGAACUUGUUAGCUAACUGGAUGUUGAAGUUUGACUCAAGUUGCUGGAGUGUCAUGAACAGGAGAAGAGUGUCUAACUGA